AUGGCUAGACACCAACGACUGCAGCUGGCUUGUUGUGUGCUUCUUCUGGUGGCGGUGGUUGCUCCCUGGCUGACGUGCGCGCUCAGCUGCCGGAGCGUGGCGGCCGGCGGCGACUGGCAUCUCAACAGCACAUGGACCGGGUGCGGCGGCGGCCUCCCCGGACCCGACGACGUGGCCACCAUCGGUGGGUCUUCGCAGCAAGCGGACGUCACCAUCGCCUCAGGCAGCGCCCCCGUGCAGGUUGCCGCGGUCCUGGUCAACUCUGGCCGACUUCUCAACAAAGGUGAGCUGCGUGCGGCUUACGUGCUCGUGGAAACGGCGGCUCUGCUGUCUACCGGUAAACUGGCCGUGGCAGGCAACGCCACGCUGAUCGUGGACUCUGGCGUUUUGACACACUCAGGCAGCCUCUCGCUCAACGCCUCGGCAGAAACCAACGGGUCCGCCUACUUGCGAGUCUCCUCGUCGCGCGUGGCGAUUGACGGCUCGCUCUCCGUGUUGAGCACGGCGAGCGGCUAUGCGCGGGCCAUUGUCGCGAGUUCGCGGGUCACCGUCGGAGGUCGUCUUACGAUCACCGGUGGCUUUAGCUCCGACGCCGCGACCGUCGACUCGGACCUGCUCAACGAGCUCGCCUCCGGUUUGGGCGCCGAAUCGUCAGCCAUCAUAGUCAAGGGGGAUGUCAGCAUCACCUCGCACUACGGUCAAUCAGAAAUCGGUGGCGGUGCGACAGGCAACGUUGCGCUCUGGGCGCAGGGAACGGACUUGACCGUCGGCGACGAGCUGGCCGUGCAGUCGGCUGACGCCGGCGCCGGCGCCAACAGCGGGUUUGUCGAGCUGGCUACCGCCCAGGACGUCGACCAGCCAUCUGGCAGCGGUCCCGUCUCGGUCAGCAACAUCAUCGUCGGAGGCGUCGUGUUCGUGGAAUCGGGCGACGGUGGCAGUGCCGAUGGUGGCCAAGGCGGCUCCGCCGGUGGCGUUGUCCUGGGGCUCUACAACAGUGUUUUGGCGGCCAAAGGAAAGGUCGCGUCGAUCGUCGUGCAGGGCGGCAACGGCGGCUUCGGCAGCGACGGCGGAGGUGCUGGCGCGGAUGCCAAGGUGGUUGUGGCCUACGGGGGCACGGUUAAGGUGUCGGGUGAGCUGGCCCUCACCGGCGGUCAGGGCGGCCUCGGCGGAGGUCUGGGCGGCUCUGCGCUCUUGAGCGUUCAGCACGGCGGCCAGAUCGACGUGGGAACCGAUGCGGUCUUGAUGUCGGGUGACGGCGGUGAUGGCCACCCCAACUCCACCGACGGCGGCAACGGAGGCGUCUCGGGUCUGCUCAUCGUCGAAGCCGGCAGCGUGACGGUCAAGCGCGAUGCUGUCUUCACCAGCGGCCGCGGCGGCAACGGCAACCAGGGAGGCUCCUCCCGUACCAGCUAUCUGGCUGCCGCGCCGGUCAGCGAUAUCCGAAAGAGGGCCACCACCACGAGCGCACACAAGAGUUCGCUGUCGGUUGCGAUCGGCGGCGAUCUGCGGCUGGUGAGCCGGCCGGCCGGCAAUGGCUCCACGUACGGCGGCGGCGGCAGCUGCAUCGCCGCCCGGACCACCAGCCUGACCGGCGACGUGGGCGGCAUCGUGCUCGACGUCUACGGCGCCCGACUUGCCGUCGCCGGCGACAUCUCCAUCGGCGGCUGCAGCGGCGGCCAAGGCUUUGGCGUGCGGGGUGGCUCGGCCGGAGUCACCGCCAUCACCUCGCUCGGGGGCUCGAUCGGCGUGGGUGGGUCGGUAUCGGUGACCGGCGGCGACGGCGGUCUCUCGGUCAAUAGCACGAAUGACGGGGGCCAAGGCGCGAUCGCCUUCCUGGCGGCCGACACGGACAGCUCGAUUGACAUCCAGGGUUCGCUCACGCUCGCGAGCGGCCGCGGCGGCGACGUGGUCAACGGCACCGGCAAUGGCGGAGACGUGGCUGCGAGCUCGAACAGCCAAGACCUGUUCGCGGGCGUUUCGCUCCAUGGAAGCUCGUCGGUCACCGUGGCAGGACUGGUGAGCGUCACCAGCGGGCCUUCGGGCAGCGUCAGCGCAGGGUCGGUUGAGGGUGCUGCUGGGAGGGCAGGCAGUCCCGCCACCAUGAGCAUCGUGGCCGAUGACAGCUCUGCCUUCACAGCGGGCGACGUCUCGCUUGUGGGCGGCGACACCGGCUUCGCCAUCACCAACGUGGCGGGCGAGGAGCCGGCCACUGACGACGAGGCCGACCUGGUCAACCCCACGGCUGUCGGCGCGUCCGGCCGGGGCGUGAUCACGAUCAACGGCAAGCUCUACGUGAAGGGGGGCAACGGCGGAAGCGAGAACCUAAGGCGCGCCCGCGACGCCGGCUCGGCGCAGGUCGCGGUCACUUCGUUCGGGCGCGCCAUCCUCCGCGGCACGGCCACCGUGUUGGGCGGCGACGGAGGCAACUCGGCCUCGGCCAGCGACAACGGCGGGAAUGGCGGCAUAGGUCUGCUCUAUGCGCGCAGCGAAGGCCAACUCACGUUCGGCGACCUGGUGCUGCGCGGUGGCGCGGCGGGUCAGGGCGCCCAGAUCUCGCUCGACGGCGAGCGGGGUCCGGCGCUGGCCACCGCCACCUACGGCGCCGCCGUGUUCCAGUCGGGCCGGUUGUCGCUCCGGGCCGGCGAUGCCCGCAACGCGUCGGUCUCGGCGUCGACGCGCUACCCGCCGCACUCGAUCGCACUCACGGCGGCCGAGUGGACGGUCUACCCGUGCUCGGGCGCUGGCAUCAGCUUCGCCGCCGACCCGGCCAACUCCUUCGCCCUCGCCCUCAGCUCCACCUUCCGGGAUUGCCGAGGGUCGGGCGCGAGCGUGGGCUACCCGACGCCGGUGUCCGAUGGCUCGGGCGACGCGUCGUGCGUGCCGUGCAGCUGCACCGAGUCGGCCUACAGCUCGUGCCCCUCGUCUGCCGCCUCGUCUGUCCUUCCUCCUCUACCACUCGCCUUCAUCUUUUCUUUUCUUUUCUGA